GUGAUCGAUGCUGUCUCUGCGGUGUCAAGGUGGACCUCUUGUCAUUUCAGUUGUAAGAAAACCGGAUAAAAAUGAUCUAAUGUUAUUGCUGCAAAGGAUCACGUGUCUGCGCAUGGCACCCACGGAAAAGUUGCAGUUGGUUUAGGAGAGAGAGAGAGAGAGAGAGAGAGAGAUAGAGUGAGAAAGCGAAAAGAGGGGGGUUUAUCUGGUCCAAACAGUACAUAGGACACCACCUGGGAAUGCGCUGUGGACAAUUCCCUCGUCAGCCGACGCUGAUUAUUUAUUUAACUGGGAACUGGAGGGGCGGGGGAGUUACCCGUUCCAGACUAGUGUCAUGACAGAGUGCGCUACCCGAUCCUAACAAUUAACCUUGAUGAGAUAAGAUUGCUUUCAAUUAGUGCAGCCGGGCACGUGUACACAGCCGCGCGCCCUCUCCAGAGGAUUGUGGACUAAAUGAAAUGAUUACGAGACAAUAACUGUCCGCAGAAGAUUUCACUUCGUUUCGGUUCGGUUCAAGAUCGCUGCGCAAGGCGUUUUCGCUGGAGAAAGCCAUGGGAACUCCAUAUACUAGAGGGAAUUAGAGGGUAAAGCGUGGGAUUUGCGACAGAAAUGCCGUACUGAUCGAAACAUUGGAAUCGCUCUCGUCAUUUCCUUUUUUGUAGGGAGCUAUACCAUUUUUUUCUAUCACGUUAUCUUUUUUGCGCGCCAACAGCUGAUCGGCAUUGUCUGGACAGCACAUGCCAACCGUCCGCUCCGCUUCCUCGCAUCUGCGCCCCGGCCACUGGAGAUGAGCACCGAGUCCCGAGCUUGAGCGGUGUGGAGCGGCGAAAACGGGCAAUUCCAUCGGUCGGUUUCUCCUCGUCCGCAACGUGAGAGAGGGACGAGCAGCCUAACAACAAGAAAAGUCACCGCCGGCGCCCCAUUCGAAGCAUGGAUCAGGACGAGGAAACCAUGGAGGUGUCGAAAAAAUCCGUCAUUGCGAAGAUUUUCAAAGUUCGCAAGCGGCGGGAGAUGCUUCUCGUGCAAGUGUGUUUUAUCUGCAGUGUCCUCUUCAUGGUGUGGUGCAUGUCAGCACUCCUGACGAAGGCAGGUCAUGGGAUGCUGGUGGAGGGCGGUCAUGAGGUGUAUCACCACGACCACUGGGGUCGGAGACUUAUGGCUUCUUUGCCCGACGGCAACGAGACGGAGGAGAAGAACUGCACCGAGCCAGCCAUACGUGAAUUUCCUGAUGACAUGUUUACCAAUGCUGAACGAAAGAGUGGAGCAGUCUCGCUACAUAUAGCAGCGGCGCUCUACAUGUUUCUGGCUCUGGCCAUCGUGUGUGAUGACUACUUUGUCACGUCCCUGGAGAAAAUCUGUGAGAAGUUGGACCUGAGUGAAGAUGUGGCUGGGGCUACCUUCAUGGCAGCAGGGAGCUCUGCUCCUGAGCUCUUUGCCUCGGUUAUAGGUGUCUUUAUUACUCACGGCGAUGUCGGAGUGGGCACCAUCGUGGGCUCUGCUGUUUUCAACAUCCUCUGCAUCAUCGGAGUGUGUGGGAUCUUCGCCGGGCAGGUGGUGAUGUUGACCAAGUAUGCGGUCUUCCGGGACUCUAUCUGCUACACCUUCUCAGUAAUUGCGCUCAUUGUGUUCAUCUAUGAUGAAAAGAUUGUGUGGUGGGAGGCCCUGAUCCUGGUACUCAUGUACCUCAUAUACAUUCUCAUAAUGAAAUUUAACACCUCUAUACAGAGGCUCUUCACAGGCAAGGGGAAGAAGAAGAAGAAUGUUGCCAAUGGAAACGCGGCCAGUGGCAGUGAGCUAGAGGAUGUGAAGCCUACUAAGGCCUACAGGCGUGGCUCCGUGGUAAUGGUUGAUGAGAUCAUCAAUGCGAGCCCUCCCAAAUACCGCUUCCCUGAGGCGGGCUUGCGUGUCAUGGUCACCAGCCAUUUUGGCCCCAAGACCCGUCUUCGCAUGGCCAGUCGCCUCAUUAUCACUGAGCGUCAGAAGCUGGUGCAGGCAGCCAACGGAGUGGAAACGGUGGUGGUGGAUGGCAAAACUGACAUUGAGAACGGCAACGUGCCCGAAGACAAGCCCAGCGAAGAGGAGGAGAGUGAGCUGACCUCGCCGUUCCGCCUGCCACGUGGUGUGAUGAACAAGAUCAAGUGGCUGGUCUCUUGGCCGCUGCUCCUGUUGCUCUUCUUCACCAUCCCCAACUGUGCCAAACCGCGCUGGGAGAAGUACUUCAUGCUCUCCUUCAUCCUCUCCACCGUCUGGAUCGCCGUCUUCUCCUACUUCAUGGUGUGGAUGGUAACAAUAAUUGGAUACACACUUGGCAUUCCCGACGUCAUCAUGGGCAUCACUUUUCUGGCAGCUGGCACCAGUGUGCCAGACUGCAUUGCCAGCCUCAUUGUUGCACGGCAAGGUCUUGGGGACAUGGCAGUCUCCAACACCAUUGGCAGCAACGUGUUUGACAUCUUAGUAGGCCUCGGUGUCCCAUGGGCUAUUCAGACCAUGGCAGUGGACUGCGGCUCAGAGGUCCAGAUUAACAGUCGAGGGCUUGUGUACUCAGUGGUGCUGCUACUGGGCUCCGUGGCAUUAACAGUUCUGGCGAUCCAUGUGAACGGCUGGAAGCUGGACCUGAAGCUGGGCAUCUACGUGCUGCUGCUCUACGCCGUGUUCCUCUGCUUUUCCGUCAUGAUCGAGUACAACGUCUUCACCUUCGUCAACCUGCCCAUGUGUCAGGAGGACUUCUAGACAUCCGGGCCUCGUCACAGUCUUGUCAGCCACGUCUUGUGUCCCAACCCCACCUCAGAUGUUCUCAGACACCCCACCAUCGCACACACCCACCCAGCCAACCACCUGAGCACCUGCAGGCUUCAACAGGCUGUGAAGCGUCUUGGUGUCCCCACGCUCUCAUUCGGUCUGAGACUCCCAUGAGACCUGUGUUUAUCUUUCCUGUUCUCACACACACACAUUCUCACUCUCUCACUGUCAAUUUAUUUUUCUAUCUUUUUUUUUUCUAUCCUUCAUCCUUAAUUAUCUUAAUUUCUCAUCGGUUGGUCUUGUUCCAUGUACAGACAGUGAGAUGAGUAUCUUUCUGUGAACUGGUCUGGUUUUCAUGGUCUUUGUCUUUUUUUUUUUUUGUUUCUUCUCCUUUGUGUGUCUUGGAGAGUUUUGGAGUUCUUUUUUUCCCCGCCUGCUCUUAUGUGUGUUCUCCUUCCUUCUCCUCCCCUGAAGACCUGGAUCUAUCCCCAAAGGAGGAGGAACUUCUCCUCGGCAGCUCUCCUCCUCCUCCUCCUCCCCCCGUCUGUCCUCAUGACCUUAGCUCGACCGCAAGUGGAUAAUGUCUCCUGCCAAAACAAACAAAAAAAGAUUACACAGCAUGCUUCCUCCUUUUCACCCCCAGCCCUGGUCACCACUUUCCUCUUAGUGUUUUAGUGAUAUUUCUUUUUUCAUCUUGUUUACAUUUAUUUAUUUAUUUAUUUAUGUUUGUUUUUUUCCACCUUCCUAACAACCUCUAUUUUUUUAGACAAGCAUUUUACUUGUCCGGAAGCUUGGUUUCAAACGUCGUAUGUGCUGCAUGCUUCGUUCGGAGUGUGGGGCCUUGAGCCAUCGCAUAUGUAUAUGCAGCACUGCACAAUUUGAACAUGUAAAUAUCAUCUAAAUAUCGUUCAUUGGAUAUAUUGUAAGUUAUUUCUCUCCCCAAACAAACAAAGAAGUGGUACCCAAAUAGACCAUAGAGGAGGGGGGCAGGGGAAAAGCAAUCUGUGCAGAUAGUUUGAAUUGCCCAUGGAUGUUUUAAGUUGGGUGUUGGGACAAUGAGAUGAGAUCUCUUGCCAGUCAGUUGAAAGGGGGUGUGACCUCCACUGGCAGUGAUUCCAUUGGAUGGUCUUUUGCCAGUUUUCCCAGAAAUAGACAUGUCCAUCAUUUGCCAGCUGCACAACUACACUCAUCUGCAUGCCGGGACAGAUGGAAUACCCUAGUGGCCAUUUGGGGUUUAUUUUCUGAGGGGAGGAGAGCGGCAGCUCAGAUUUAUACCGUCCUUGGUAUGACUUGUUCAGACUGACGGUCGCCAAAGGGUGAAGUGCAGUAUUUUCUAUUUGUCGUUCUUUUGUAUUGUUUCGUGGUAGUGGUUGACAUCGAGCCAGUGCUCUCAUCCUGCAGCGAGCUGCUUGACCUCCUGGCCACUUUAGGGGCAAAAGGAGAGCCCUCUGGUUGGGCUGUUUUUUUUUUUUUUUUUUUUUUUUUUUCUUCUUUCUUUCUUUCUUUUCCUUUUAGAGUUGUAAGCCUGUUUUUGGAAAUCAGGGAAUUCUAUGAGCUUCAUACGUCUCCCCCCCAGUAAAAGAGGGGGUGGGGGCAGUCUGGUGAUGUUCUCUCGUUGUGGAAUUUACAUGUAGAUAUUUGCACUUUAAAAACAAAGCAAAGCAGUCCUCUCAUCCAAUCAGUGCUUCCUCCUAUGUGUGCGCGUGUGGUUGUAAUGUCCGAGUAUGCGUGUGUGAUUGAUUUUUUUUGAGGGACCUCUGUCUCUUUCCUGGUCUCCACCCCAUCCCCACCAUGAGCACAGCCACAACGAGCACAUCUGUGUCUGCAAUGCAUGAUGGGAACUCUUUCUUGAGGUGGGCUUGGAGGGGGAAGGGGUUGCUCAGUGGCAACUGUAGUAAUCCCGAACCCUGCACCUCACUAGCUCUCCUCCCUGAAGCGCCACCCGGCCCUCUUUUACAAAGCGGCAGCUACAAGCAGCAUGGCAAUCCAGACGUCUCACCUCAUGAUGCAAAAACAACCUGUCAAGGGGUCUGGGCUGUGUUGGGGUUGGGGGGGGGGGUGCUGUGGGUGAGGAGGCGCAUAGGCGCAUAGGCUCUGGCGUCUGUCUUUUCGGCUCUGCCUGACCCUGACCUUUCCCAUGCGCCUUCCUCCACCACCGUGUGACCAAUGGGCCGGUAAAGGCUGGUGCUAGUCUGGUUUAUGCAAUCACAUCUUGGACAGAACUGAGGGGGAGGGGGUCUCAAAAGUAAACCCCACUGUACUGUAUUGAACUGUACUGUACAGGGGGGGGGGGGGUUCUGUGCCAUGAGAGGGGGUAUCGUUUUGGGAGCCAAGACUGCUAGGAGAUCAGGGCUGGGGGACUUGGCCCCUCCCAAAGGCCAAGAGGAGGGUAGAACAUUCCUGAAGUUGUCUCUAUGCAGGUGGAGCUAACCAGCUCCUCGCCAGGCGACCUUGGACGACCUCUGCUCCUCCUUCGUCUGCUUCUGCUGUCGGCCCAUUGGAUGGAUGGAUGGAUGGAUGGAUGCAUGCACUCCGCGGAGGAACCUCCUCUUGUGUGUGAUGGACUUGACUGUGUUGAUUUGUGAUGAAAUUCAAUUGUGUGUGUAAAUAAAUAUGCAUAUUGAUAUAGAUUAUUAUGUAUUUUUUUUUGGUGUGGGGGAUAUGUGUCUCAGCUGCUAUUGAUUUUAAGAGGAAGUGACCACACAGGAAGGGAGGUAACCGGUGUCAGUUGAGUCCCAGUGCUCAUUUGUACUGCCCAGGCCGAACCGGCAUUCCUUUGGGUCACUCUAAUGUAUGUCAAUAUAGUGCAGGGAGUGAAAGUUAAUUUGUUUCUCUGUAUGAGCAGGACUGUAUUCUAUCUUGUGCCAUUCUAGUACUACAAUCUGUAUAGUGAGUGGUCAUUUCUUGAAGUGUUUCCCAGGACAUGUAAAUAUUGAAAAUGUUUGUUUGAAAGCAAAAGAAGCGUGAUGGGGUUUUUUUUUUUUUUUUUUUUUUUUUUUUUUUUUUUUUUUUUCCCCCUCUUUCUUUUCUUUUUUAAAAAGGUUACUUGGUAUAGGUACAGAAUAUUGAUUGUUCGUUGUAGGUUGACCAUUUUUGCGUUUUUGCUUUUUAUUUUCUUGAUGCAACCGGACCCUGUACCCAACAGUUUGUGUGGUCACCUCCUCUGUAAAUGACCUCCCACCAUUUUGUGUGUGAGCGUGUGUUAUUUCACUUCAUCUGUUCAGACACACACAAACACACACACUCUGUAAUAUUUCACUGGAUAUUUAGCAGCGUAUGUUGAGCAUCACUCACUUUUUAAAGAAGUUUAAAAAAAAAAAAAAAAAUCAAGUAGAAUUCAGAUGCCAUAACUAUUGUAGCGCUCCGUAUUCAGAUUGUAUGAAACUAAAUAAAAAUGGUCAAUAUGGGAAAGUCCUCUGAACAGAUGCACACAGAUACACACUUAACUAUGAUGUACAGAGGGAUACACUGAGGGGAAAGGGGUGUGAUUCUACAGAAUGAAUGCGACCCUAUGCACUGUGAGCUCAAUGUGGUGGAAGUCAUGUCUGAUAAAUGAUUUAAUAUAUACAUAAAAACAAUGAAUAAUUUAAAUGAAUAUAUUUAAUGUAAAGUUAGUUACAAUAAAAUAUAACUGAAGACAUCUGUAUACCUUAUAUGAAUGUAUUGUCUUGCUAUAAUGGACAUAUCCAACCAAUGAAUUUUACUGUUAAGCAAUAAUGUGGAAAAAAUAAUGAUAAUAAAUCUAGCUAAAGAA